UUAGUAGUUUGACGUUUGUCGUUGAUUAGAGUUGAACUAACGUGAAAUUAAGGAAAAAUAAAAGAGCAGCAACAACAACAAAUAUACACUCGCACAAAAAGAAAACGAAAAGAAAGAAAAUAAAAUUUUAUUAGUAGAGAGAUUGCUGGUGGUUUUUAUUAUAAAGGAAUUUUACUUGUUAUUAACAAAAUAAUAAUACAAAACAAAAGAAGAGAUUCAUUUUAAAAAGUGAUAAAAGAAGUUCCCUAUAAAUAACAGAAAGAAGUAAAAUAAAAGUGAAAAGCUGUAUAAAUAAAAGCAGAAAGAAUUAUUUUUGUUACACACUCUGGCAUUUAGUGAUUUUCUUGAUGGUCUCUUAAUUAUGCUGGUAUUAUGAAAAAGAAACAAGUGUUACUCUUUUAAAAAAUAAGAAAAACAAAUAAUUUUUAAAUUUAUUUCGGUUUAAACAAAGGCAUUAAAUAUUUUGAUUGUUAAAGAACAAAAAAAAAGUACGCAUUUUUGCAAAAUACAUAAAGAACUGCCAACGUCUUCAAUUCAAUAAAAUAAUAAUCAACGUUAAAUACAACAACAAAACAACAUCAGCUACAACAAGAAGAAAAUUGCAACAAGAAACAACAAACAACAAAGUGUUCUUAAUUAACAACUUCAAAAAAAGAAAAUAAAUUAUUAAAAAACCCUUAAAAAUUUUCACUUCAAAAGUACGAGUAUGUCAUCAAAUGAUGCCUAUAAUCGUAGUGAAGAACAAAAUGGAGGCAAUGGAUCGGUUGCAUCUUUUAGCGGCAGUGCGGGGCCGAGCACCAGUAAGCCAAACAUAUCACAAAUACAGCAACAGAUAGUACCGAAUGAAGAGACACACUUAAGAGGUGAUUCAAAACAGGCCUAUUUUAGUGAUGAAAAAGUUUUGAUACCCGAAACCGAUAAGGUGGGUUUCAGUUGGCGUAAAUUAUGGGCCUUCACAGGGCCCGGUUUUCUAAUGUCAAUUGCGUAUCUUGAUCCGGGUAACAUUGAAUCUGAUUUACAAAGUGGUGCAGCAGCAAAAUAUAAAAUUCUCUGGGUUCUCUUGUGGGCGACCGUGUUGGGUUUACUAAUGCAACGCUUGGCUGCAAGACUGGGUGUUGUAACUGGUCUACAUUUAGCUGAGAUGUGCUAUCGUCAAUAUAAAAAAAUUCCCCGUUUUAUAUUAUGGAUUAUGAUUGAAAUCGCCAUUAUAGGUUCCGAUAUGCAAGAGGUCAUUGGUACGGCUGUAGCCAUAUAUUUACUAUCGAAUAAAGUAGUUCCUUUGUGGGGCGGUGUUUUGAUAACAAUUAUCGAUACAUUUACGUUUUUGUUCUUAGAUAAAUAUGGUCUGCGUAAACUAGAAUUUCUAUUCGGUUUUCUUAUCACUGUUAUGGCUGUGACAUUUGGCUAUGAGUACGUUGUUUCAGCACCCAAUCAAGGUGAAGUUUUAGAAGGUAUGUUUGUGCCCUGGUGUAAGGAUUGCAACUCAGAAGUUUUACUGCAGGCAGUAGGCGUAGUGGGUGCAGUUAUUAUGCCACACAAUUUGUAUUUACAUUCGGCAUUAGUCAAGUCUCGUGAUGUUGAUCGUCGUCAGCCCACAAAAGUACGCGAAGCUAAUUAUUAUUUUUUCAUUGAAGCCGCAGUCGCCUUGUUUGUUUCUUUCAUUAUCAAUUUAUUUGUGGUGGCGGUCUUUGCCCAUGGCAUGUAUGGUAAAACCAAUAAUGAUGUGCUACAAGUUUGUCAAAAUCAAAGUAUGUAUGAAGAUGCCAAACAUUCGUUUGUGGACAAUCAAAAUGGUACCGCCAUCAUUGAUGCUGAUUUAUAUAAAAGUGGUCUCUUUUUGGGUUGUACCUUUGGUGUGGCUGCCAUGUAUAUUUGGGGUGUAGGUAUUUUAGCUGCUGGUCAAUCUUCCACCAUGACCGGUACCUAUGCUGGUCAAUUCUCAAUGGAGGGUUUCUUGAACUUACAAUGGCCCCGCUGGCGUCGUGUUUUGUUCACCCGUUUGAUUGCCAUUGUACCCACUUUCUGUUUGGCUCUUUUCAGUAAAAUGGAAGAUUUAACAAAUAUGAAUGAUAUUUUAAAUGCUGUAAUGUCAUUGCAAUUGCCUUUCGCUGCCAUACCAACGAUAGCAUUUACUUCGUGUUCCGCUAUAAUGGGUGAAUUUGUUAAUGGAAUUGGCAAUAAAAUUGUUUCAAUAUUAUUGACAAUUGUUGUUAUUGCUGUUAAUUUAUAUUUUGUUAUUAAUCAAGUGGAGGCUUUAAAUAUUGAGGGUGGAGUUUUAGCUGUAGUUUGUAUAUUUGCCAUUUUAUAUUUAUUAUUUAAUUUAUAUCUUGUGAUACAUAUGGCCGCUUGUAUGGGCAAUAAAACUCUUAUGAAUAGUCGGUGGGUCCAAAAAUAUGUACUUCCCAGCCAAAAUAGUUUUUCGAUUAAGAAUGCCAAUUCCGCCUAUGCAAGUGGUGUUUCCAUAGAUAUAACAAAUAAUGCUAUUUGUCCACCUAUUAACACAAUUUCGGAAAAAGUUCCUAAUACUACUAAUUAAUUAAAUGAUUAAUACUCAUUAGGUUUCAUUGUUUAUAAACAUACAAUAAUAUUAUUUAAUAAAAUAAAUUAUAAUUAACAGCGAAUAAUUUAUUAUUUUAUUUACUAAUUAUCCUUUAAUAACUCGUAUUAUUGUUAAUAUUAUUAAUAACAUUUUAUGCAUUUAAUAUGUGUGAUAUUUGUAAAUAUAUUAAUUACUAACAUUUUAAAAUAUAUAAACAUAAUUAUAAGUUUAAAUUGUAAUUAACUUGGCAUUUAUUUAGUAUUAUAUUUCAUAAGUUUUCUGUUUGUUCAUUUGUUUCAUAUAUAUAUAUACGAUUUAUAAAUGAUCAUUAUGAGAAAGCAGGUUCAUCCAAAAAUAAAAAAGUAUAAAAUUAUUAUUUGAA